GAUGGAGAAGACAUAUGCCAAGAACAGCUCUCGCUCCCUUUGCAUUGUCAUGGCCUGCAAAGCAUCAUGGCGCAGCUCCUCCGCUCUGCUUCUGCCGCUGCUCUACUUCCUCCUGUCCCAGGCUGCUGUUACAACUACGGGGCAGCAGCAGCAGGAGGGGAGCCAGGAAGCUUGUGCUCCCUUCUCUUGCGGUCUGUUCCACAACAUCAGCUACCCAUUUCGUCGAACAACUGAGCCGCGUCAGUGCGGGAAUCGGAGGUUCGAGCUCACCUGCGAGGGCAACAAAUCCACCAUGUCCAUCGGCUCCACACACUACUUGAUCACUCAGCUAUCGUACGAAAACUACACAAUCCGCUUGGUGGAUCCGAAGUUUGCAAGUGGAAGCUGUGGCCUCCCUUCCCAAUCUUUGUCACCCUCCAAUUUUUCAGACCCUGAUUCCUAUAGUAACGAAUAUAGUAUGUGGGCAAGUUUCAUGAACUGCACGAGAAGAAUCGAGGACCAGAGUUGGUAUCGGCUUGCUGUUGUUCCUUGCUUGAGCAACAACAACACUUUUGUCUAUGUCGUUUUUGCAUCUGACGGAUAUAGUUUGUCAUACCUCUAUCCAUCAUGUCAUUUUGUGUCGAUGAUUCCAGCGGCAGAAGCGCCAUCAUUUCCAUGGGAUCCAUUCCGUAUUCUACAAAAUGGGUUUGAUUUGCUUUUCAAUGCCACAAUCCUUCAUCCGAAACUUAUUGAAACUUGUCCUCUAUUCUCUUGCGGUCUGUUCCACAACAUCAGCUACCCAUUUCGUCUAACAACUGAUCCGCGUCAAUGCGGGGAUCGGAGGUUUGAACUCACGUGCGAGGGCAACAAAUCCACUAUGUCCAUCGGCUCCACACACUACUUCAUCACUCAGAUAUGGGAGGAAUACAUCACUGAGACAUGGUACGAAUACAGCAUCAACUUGGUGGAUCCGAAGUUUGCAAGUGGAAGCUGUGGCCUCCCUUCCCAAUCUUUGUCACCCUCCGUUCUUUCAAGCUCUGGGUUCGACCAUUACCAAUAUGGUUGGUGGGCAAGUUUCAUGAAUUGUACGAGAAGAAUCGAGGGCCAGAGUUUGUAUCGACCUGUUCCUUGCUUGAGCAACAACAACAACACUUUUGUCUAUGUCGUUUUUGCAUCUGAAGGAUAUAGUUUGUCGUACCUUUAUCCAUCCUGUCAUUUUGUGUCCAUGAUUCCAGCGAUAGAUGCCGAAUUCUCAACGAGGGAUGCAUUCCACAUUCUACAAGAGGGAUUUGAUUUGUCAUUAACGAGCGAUUCCUAUAAGGGACCCACAAUAACUCAGAAACUCAGCCAAUGUCUGCCUCGAUUCAAAAGACAGUUCUUUGAAAAACUGAGAAGCAAACACAUACUCACUAAAGUUUUCUCCCUCGCCGUCAGUGAGACAAACUUUGCAUCUUGCAUGGCAGAGGGCAAUUCCGAAAACGUUUUGACUAUUCGAUUAACAAUUGCCGUGGUGGUAUUCAUCCAUAUUGUACAGCUCUUAGUAGUUUUAUUGAUACUGGGCCGAAUUGUCAUAGCGCCUAUGAUAGUUUUGUUUUCGCUUGGUUACAAACUAUGGAACAGGCGAGUCACAGUUGACCUUAUAGAGAAGUUUCUUCGACGCCAGCAAACGUUGAUGCCGACUAGAUAUGCCUACUCUGAACUUAUAGCCAUCACACGGCAUUUUAGAGAGAAGCUCGGCCAAGGAGGCUUUGGCUCAGUCUUCAAAGGGGAACUUCUAGGAGGUCGUUUUGUUGCAGUUAAAAUGCUAGUCAACUCCAAAUGCAAUGGCGAUGACUUCAUCAAUGAAGUUUCUACGAUAGGUAGGAUUCAUCAUGUGAAUGUCGUGCGGCUAGUUGGAUAUUGCUCCGACGGAUCAAAAAGAGCUUUGGUUUACGAGUAUAUGCCUAAUGGCUCGCUUGACAAGUAUAUUUUUGCUCCCAAUGGUCACUUGUUCACCUCAGAAAAACUCAUUCAAAUAGCAAUUGGCAUUGCAAGGGGUAUCGAUUACUUACAUCAAGGAUGUGAUAUGCAGAUUCUACACUUUGACAUCAAGCCUCAUAAUAUACUUAUAGACCAUAAUUUCACUCCCAAAAUAUCUGACUUUGGACUUGCAAAAUUGUACCCAAAGACAAAUGCUCUAGUAUCUAUUAGCGCUGCAAGAGGGACAAUCGGCUAUAUUGCUCCAGAGUUAGUAUCUCGAAGCUUUGGAAAAAUCUCUUUCAAAUCAGAUGUUUAUAGUUUCGGAAUGUUACUAAUGGAAAUGGCUGGAAGGAGAAGAAAUGUGGAUCCUCUUGCAGUGAAUUCAAGCCGAGUUUACUAUCCAUCAUGGAUUUAUGAUAAAUUAACUCAACCACAAGAGGUCAAAAUUGACAAUGAGUUUGAGAUACAAAACUUAGAGAAGAAACUAGCAAUAGUUGGAUUGUGGUGUAUUCAACUGAGGCCAUGUGAUAGACCAACUAUGACAGGAGUUAUUGACAUGUUAGAAGUUGAUGAUGUUAAUAGUCUUCCAAUUCCACCCAAACCCUUCUUUUCGUCAGAGGAUUCAACUGUAAUAAUAAAAUCUAGUUUAAGUUCAAUUUCUACUGAGUUAUCAAUGGUUUCAGAGUGAAUAACUGUAUUUUUAUGCAUGUUAUAUUGCUAGUUCUUUAGUAUCAAUGGUAUGCUUGAUGAACUACCAAUAUGAAAAAUAAUUUGAUAUUGAUGGACUUUAUAUCAUUAUAUGUAUAUAUAUUGUUUUAUGGAGAGACUUAAUUUGAA